CCAACCCCCGCAAAGAGCAGAGGGAGGCGGGCUCGCCGGAGCAUCACCGUCAGCGCCGCCGUCGCCGCCAUGGACGUCGUGUCGCUGCUGCCGUUCGCGCUGGCGCUGGUGGCGAUCCCGAUCUCGCUGGCGCUGCUGGACCGGCUGCGGCUGGGGCGCAUCCCGCCGGGGCCGCGGCCGUGGCCCAUGGUGGGGAACCUGCGGCAGAUCAAGCCCGUGCGGUGCCGGUGCUUCCAGGAGUGGGCGGAGAGGUACGGCCCCAUCGUGUCGGUGUGGUUCGGGUCGUCGCUCAACGUGGUGGUGUCGACGUUGGAGCUGGCCAAGGAGGUGCUCAAGGAGAACGACCAGCAGCUCGCCAACCGUCCCCGGAACCGCUCCACGCAGCGCUUCAGCCGCAACGGGAUGGACCUGAUCUGGGCGGACUACGGCCCGCACUACAUCAAGGUGCGCAAGCUCUGCAACCUCGAGCUCUUCUCCCCCAAGCGCCUCGAGGCCCUGCGCCCCAUCCGCGAGGACGAGGUCACCGCCAUGGUCGAGUCCGUCCACCGCGCCGUCACCGAGCCAGGGAGUGAAAAUAAGCCAAUCUUAGUGAAGAAUCACCUUGCUAUGGUGGCCUUCAACAAUAUAACAAGGCUAGCUUUUGGUAAGCGGUUCAUGAAUGCAAAUGGUGAAAUUAAUGAACAAGGGCGUGAGUUUAAGACUAUUGUCAACAAUGGAAUCAAGAUUGGUGCAUCUCUUUCUGUUUCUGAGUACAUUUGGUAUUUGAGAUGGUUGUGUCCACUUAAUGAGGAGCUUUACAAGACCCACAAUGAGAGAAGGGAUCGGCUGACCAAGAAGAUCAUAGAAGAGCAUGCGAAGGCCCUCAAAGAGAGCGGUGCCAAGCAGCACUUCGUGGAUGCUCUGUUCACUCUCAGAGAACAGUAUGACCUUAGUGACGACACAGUUAUUGGACUUCUAUGGGACAUGAUCACUGCUGGAAUGGACACAACAGUGAUAUCGGUCGAGUGGACGAUGGCGGAGCUGGUCAGGAACCCCAGGGCGCAGAAGAAGCUGCAGGAGGAGCUGGACCGUGUCGUGGGGCGCGACCGCGUCAUGUCGGAGACCGACUUCCAGAGCCUCCCCUACCUGAACGCCGUCGUCAAGGAGUCGCUCCGGCUGCACCCGCCGACGCCGCUCAUGCUCCCCCACAAGGCCGGCACGGACGUCAAGAUCGGCGGCUACAACAUCCCCAGGGGCGCCAACGUGAUGGUGAACGUGUGGGCGAUCGCCCGGGACCCCAAGCUGUGGAGCAACCCGCUGGAGUUCAGGCCGGAGCGCUUCCUGGAGGAGACCGUCGAUAUCAAGGGCAACGACUUCCGGGUGCUGCCGUUCGGCGCCGGCCGCCGCGUCUGCCCCGGCGCGCAGCUCGGCAUCAACCUCGUCGCCUCCAUGGUCGGCCACCUCGUCCACCAGUUCGACUGGUCCCUCCCGGCGGGCACCCGGCCGGUGGACGUCGACAUUAUGGAGUCCGCCGGCGUCGUCACGUUCAUGAACACGCCGCUGCAGACCAUCGCCAAGCCUCGCCUCGACAACCCGCAGCUGUACAAGAGGUUCCCCGCCGACAUUUGAAGUGAAACAGUAGCACAUCACUUGCUGCUUCUGCUGGUUAUACGGUUACAGACCUGCUGCUUUCACCCCCACUAUAGCUCAUGUUAUUGUUGUAAAAUUUGAGGAGUUAACUGCGUAAAGUUGUCAACGAGCAUAUCGUUUUGUAAUUUGUACAAUAUGCCCACGUACUUAAGGUGUCUUGUCCAGAUAGAAUUCUCUUACACAGUUAACACAGCAAUAAUCACUUUGAUUUAAUCUGCA